AACCCUAACUAGUUGCUUCAUCGGUCGCAUUUGUCCUCUUGGCCUCUCGCCGCCUGCUCGAUCUCCUCUGCCUCUGAUUUCAAUCAAUUUCUUUCACAAUUCAGAGAGAUGGAAUUGGCCGAGGGAUCUCGCAGAUCCCUCCUCCCGAACUUCCUCUACUCGUCUUCCAACGGGUCCAGCAAUCUUGCCCUUGAUCGCAUCCUGGGGAGGACCCUGCCCUCGCCUGUUGCUGCUGCUGCGGCGGCGGCGGGAAAUGGUGCUUCGACGGUCCCGUUCGUUGUUGCCCAGGCGCCUAAGGAGUCCGGAAAGAUAGAGAUGUAUUCGCCGGCGUUUUACGCUGCCUGCACCGCCGGCGGCAUCGCCAGUUGUGGGCUCACCCAUAUGGCUGUCACCCCGCUUGAUCUCGUCAAGUGUAACAUGCAGAUCGAUCCUGCCAAAUACAAAAGCAUUUCUUCAGGAUUUGGGGUCUUGCUCAAGGAACAAGGGGCCAGGGGUUUCUUCAGGGGAUGGGUUCCUACACUGCUCGGAUACAGCGCCCAAGGGGCCUGCAAGUUUGGCUUUUACGAAUUCUUCAAGAAGUAUUAUUCAGAUCUCGCUGGCCCUGAGUUUGCAUCCAAGUAUAAAACUUUGAUUUACCUCGCUGGAUCUGCGUCUGCCGAAAUAAUCGCUGAUGUGGCUCUCUGCCCCUUCGAGGCAGUGAAGGUGCGCGUCCAGACGCAGCCUGGUUUUGCUAGGGGAUUGAGUGAUGGCUUACCAAAAUUUGUCAAAUCUGAAGGUGUUGGAGGACUUUACAAAGGCAUAGUUCCACUCUGGGGGCGUCAAAUUCCCUAUACUAUGAUGAAAUUUGCAUCAUUUGAGACUGUGGUCGAGAUGGUAUACAAGUAUGCAAUUCCUGCACCUAAAGAUCAGUGUAGUAAGCCACUUCAGCUUGGUGUGAGCUUUGCUGGUGGAUAUAUUGCUGGAAUAUUCUGUGCAAUAGUUUCUCAUCCAGCUGAUAACCUUGUCUCAUUUCUUAACAAUGCUAAGGGUGCCACUGUUGGUGAUGCUGUGCAAAAACUUGGCUUGUGGGGUCUAUUCACCCGUGGUCUUCCUCUUCGCAUUGUCAUGAUUGGUACUCUAACUGGUGCGCAAUGGGGGAUUUAUGAUGCAUUCAAAGUCAUGGUUGGCCUGCCUACAACUGGUGGUGUUGCUCCGGCUGCUGCUCCUGCCGCAGAGGUUUCUAAGCUGGAAGCCGCUGCCUGAUCAUUUAUAAUUAUGAAUAAUGUAAGAUUUGAGAAUUAUAAGCUCAUUCUAUGUGGAAGUGUUGAAUGCUUCCAGAGCAACACAUGAUUUUUGCGGAUGGUCUUGUUCCCAUCUUCCAAUUUGGAGGAAUGCUGCAGCUUUUAGCACUGUAACAAACACAAGUGACCUGAGGAAUCAUCAGGAAGAAUUUCUUAUUUGAUUUUGAGCUAAACAUUAAAUUGACGGAUAAGUUGACGGCAGCUUUAACUGCUCCAAACUGGUUGAUCUGUC